GCCGUUCUCAUAAAAGAGGACAAAAAUAGAUUAGUUGUCUGUUUUCUUCAGAGUUUCGAGAACGACGGUACCUUAUGAUGUGCAAUUUUAACACGACGAUUGUACCAAAGAGAUUUGUUUCGAUCACAGCGCCUGCAAAGUCUCUGCAGAAGAUGACGCCCUCAGCCAGCCCGCAAACAGAAAAGGAAGUCCGCUUUCGACAAGCCGACACCAUAAUUCUGGUGGAAACCCACCUCAACUACGCCCAUUCGAUUUGGUACUCCCAUGAAGAAUAUCGUUUGUUCAAUGUGGAGGAAACGCGUGAGCAAUUAAGUACGCCAAUGGCCUUGCGAAAAGAAAAACGCAGGCGAUCAUUGCGUGCUGAAAGUAUUCGCCAACUUGUCCUCGAAGCCCAAUUCAUGAAAUUCAAAGGAAAGAAAGAAGACAGAAUUGAAGAGAAGAUUCAAUGGCUAGCAGGUUUUUACAAGAGUCAUUCGGCACCAUUUGCCAUCGAGGCACGACAGCGUGGAAUCGAAAAUGACCUUGAGCUGCUAAACAUGAAAUUGCGGGAGGCUUCCUCGGCAAUUCUCAAACGAUCAAACUUGUUCAAGAAACUGACGGUGUCAAAGCUGAAUAACAUCAAGAAUACGAACAACGCACGAUGGUCCGAACAAAAGGACGUAAUGAAAGGUGAUCUUGAAGGAGAAGAAAAGAAAGAAGACAAAACUCCAAUCGCUGUUAAGAGCACUAGUGUUCUUCGUCGCGAAUUGUGCAAGGAUUUCGAUUUGAAAAAGCGCCUUAUUGGGACUCCGAUUGAAUGUCUUAAGACAAAAAGGCUGACCAAUGAUCACUGGUUAAAUGAGCAGAAACAACUUCGUUGGUCUGCUAUUCCAAUCCAGAGUAAUAGGCAAGGUUCAUCGAUGAAAGAUCGACCUCUGAAGGAUAUCCACGCCUUGAUUUGUCGUCGUCCAUUAGGGGGUAAAAAACGAGCUUCGCCAGGUUAAUUCGUGAAGUGUUCAUUUCAUUGUUCAUUUCAUUCGCGUAACAAUGCUAAGAAAUCUCGUCACAAACAAUUUUGAAACUUCUUGCCUCUACGCCAGAAGUAGAAACUAAAUAAACAACACUAGU